GGAACUAGAAGGUCGGCUACAUACCAAAGAUUUAUCGAAUCCUAUACAUGCGUCGAAAUGCGGUCAAGAAGCGUUGCAGGAUAUGUUAAGCGGGUUGAGAGACUUAAUGUUGCUGUUCUACGCGUGCAUGGAUCCUAAAACCCGAGGGGUCAGUACUCACCAAGCAUCUAUCGCUGGACCACAAUGCGUCGAAACGUUGCAGCACAUGAAAAGCAACAAAGAACUUCUUCAACAGGCCUUUCAUGUAGUAAAAGAAAGCUGUGACCGCUUACUUCCUGCUGACGUUUCUGAUCUUGUCCCCUAUGUGGAUACCCCGAUAAUGAACAGAGAACCAAGUCUUGAAUUAAAGCAACUAAUUAUAGCUCGUGAAAAAGUAAUCAAAAGGUUGCUAACAGUAACAGAAGAACUCGAAAAACUACGUCGCAUUUUAACAAAGACGGUGUGGGAACUCAAUGACCUUACUGACCCAAAUGUUCAGAAAUUUUGACUACUAUUUUGUCUAGCAUUUGUAUUUUGCUUAUCUGAGACAGACAAAUAAAUGCAAGUUCUUCAUUCUUUA